CCAGCAGCAGGCGUGGAGACAUCAGGAUCCACACAACAAACUGGUCCCGUGCGCCGUCCGAUACGCGCACGCCCCCCACCAACGCCAAACAGCCGCCUCCGUUGCAGGGUCGCUGUCAGAGCUUAGCUAGGGAUGCAAAAUCGGGCGGCGCGGGUCGCCGUCGCUAUCGGCGGGAAGGAAGACUGUGGCCUCGCUCGCAGUUGGUGGAGCUAGCCUCUCUCUCUCAGAUCUCAUCUCCCCGCCCCGGGGGCAGUCGCGGCCGGGCGGAGGAUGGACGAGGAAGACAGCGGCCACCGCCCCCACGCCAUCCGGGUCGUCGCGUCGUCCUCCCCAGGAGCCUCGGCGAGCCCCUCCCGCCGGCGCCGCCUACCGUCGCCGCGCGCGUCGUCCAUUGCCGUUCGCCGCCGUGAAGUUGCGAUUGAGGAGGAGAACACGAAGCCAGAUGACCCACCGUCGCUGAGGCAGAAAGCGGCCGAGGUGAUCGCCGCCUCGCUGGAGACCUACCGGAGCAGGCCUUUCUCCUUCUGGCUGCUUCUAUGCCUGAGCAGCGGCGCGAUGCUCACCGCGUUCCCGGCGUCGAGCCUCCUCUCGCGGCUCUACUACAGCGACGGAGGGCAGAGCAAGUGGAUCCUGUCGUGGGCGGCCGUCGCCGGCUGGCCCCUGCCCGCGCUGGUCCUGCUGCCCCUGUACCUCCUCGGCAAGGCGUCGCCGACGCCGCUCUCGCCGGCGCUGUGCUCCUGGUACGCGCUCCUCGGCUUCCUCAGCGCCGCCGACAACCUCAUGUACGCGUGGGCGUACGCGUACCUCCCAGCGUCCACGGCCUCGCUCGUCGCCGCGUCGUCGCUCGCCUUCUCCGCGCUCUUCGGCCGCGCCGUCGCCAAGAACAGGCUGAGCCUGUCCUCCCUCAACGCCGUCGUCGUGAUCACCGCCGGCGUGGCGAUCGUCGCGCUGGACUCCGGGUCGGACAGGCCGCCCGGCGUGACGGCGCGGCAGUACGCGCUCGGCUUCGCCCUGGACGUGCUCGGGUCGGCGCUCCACGGCCUCAUCUUCGCGCUCUCGGAGCUCGUCUUCGCCAGGGUCCUCGGCCGGCGGUCCUUCCACGUGGUGCUGGAGCAGCAGGCGGCGGUGUCGCUCUGCGCGUUCGCCUUCACCUCGGCGGGGCUCGCCGCCGCCGAGGGCUUCCCGGCGAUGCGGCGCGAGGCGGCGCGGUUCGCGCGCGGCGGCGAGGCCGCGUACGCCAACGUGAUGGUGUGGACGGCCGUCACGUUCCAGCUAGGCGUGCUCGGCGGCACCGGCGCGCUGUUCCUGGCGUCGACCGUCCUCGCCGGCGUGCUGAACGCCGUCAGGGUGCCCCUGACGAGCGUCGCCGCGGUGAUCUGGUUCCAUGACCCGAUGAGCGGGUUCAAGAUCUUGGCUCUGGUGAUCACGGUGUGGGGGUUCGCGUCCUACAUGGUUGGGCACACCUCUGUCAAGAAAACGUCAGCAAGUUGAUAUCAUAAACUUCGUUAGUUGAAGGCUCGCUGCAGAACAUUCUUUUUUCCCUUUGCGAAUGCGCAAAGGUUGUACACUUUGUAACCAUCACAACCAGCUACUAGUAAGAACAACCAUUGAACCUAAAGGGCCUGAUCAAGUAAAUCAAUCAAGACUCCAUUAGGACCCGAA